AUGGAGGAGUUUGUCAUACAGACAGUGGUGUUUACGCCCAUCGCUCAGUACCUUAUCAAACCCCACAGACCGUGGAAUAGAAUUUACCGACACCUAGGUACAUUCAUCUCCUUCACCUUUGUUUUAGUAAUAUCCACUUAUUUUACGUUGAAAAGUAUAUCCCAGCCCAACUUGUUUAAGAUACUAAAUGCCAAGCCAUGGUACAACAAUCUGCAGAUAAGGCAAUGCUAUCUCAAGGCUUCCCUCAAACUACAUCCGGAUCGUAACAAAGCAGAAGAUGCUAUGGGACAAUUUGAGGCAAUGCAACGUAGUUAUGAAAUAUUACGUUAUGUAGAACAGCGAAGGAUGUACAAUAGAUAUGGUGAUAUAAUAUAUGAUUUCUACAUAAAAAUGAAUGAGGAACCACUUGAUAAAUUUAGAGUCUAUGAAAAACUUCCCUUUGGCGAUAUAAUUUAUGUGAGUAUUAUCCAAUGCAUAAUAUCACUCCUGUUUGCAUACAUUUACACACUUGGCAACAAAACUACCAAUUCAAGAAAUAUCGCAUUGAUGUACUCUAUUUUAAUGUGUGCUUUGGAAUUUUACUUGAGAUUUGACAAGGAUUCUGACAGUUUCAUGGCCAAUGUACCAUUGAUUUGCAACUGCACAACUUACGAAAAGAUACUGCUCUCGCGGCGUAGUUCCUCUAUGGUCCUAAACGUACUAGUUAUUAUACAAGAGUCUAAAACUGAUUUUGAUCUCAGAUGUUUUGCCUUUAAGAGACUAGAAAGAUACCUUAAUUUAGUAGACCGAUUGGAUCAGAUUAUAUAUGAAAAAUAUCGCAAUUUACACGGUGUAAAUCCACCCUGGGCCAGUGUAAUAUAUCCAAUAGAAAAAGAUGACCAGCCCUGGGCCGUAAAUGACGAUGUAUCACUCAAGUGGCGUGAAGCACUGAUAAAAUACUAUAAUGACAGCGAUAUUGUAAAACAUGUUGGAGUACCAAGUUGGUCUAAGAAAAAGGGGAGUUUGCUACGGGAAUUGCUUAAUAAAUUAGACGUAAAUAAGGAUAUUAAGAAUUGA